AUGUCUGGACUAGAACCGAUCGCCGCGCUGAGCCUGGCAUGUAGCAUCCUCCAGGUCCUGGAGCAGGCCAUGAAGACGACUCAGGUGGCGAUCAAAGUCUACAAGGAUGGCACGCUAGAUGACCUAAGGGGCCACGAGCAGGAUGCAGAGACUCUCCGCAAUCUGUCUGCCGAGAUUGAAACGAUAUGCAGCAGUGGUGCUCCUCGCAGGCCCUCGAAAUUCGACAGCGACUUGCUCAAGACGGCGGCGAAAUGCAGGGACAUUCAGCGAGACAUCAGAGCUCACAUGGCGUUCUUUGUUGAAGAAUGCAAACAAGGGGAGCUUGUGGGCGGCUGUCUUUGUGUCUGUCAAGGUCACCAGUGGCAAGAAACUAGAGGAGCUGCUCAAGGAGUUGCGCAGGAUUGAGGAUCGGAUGCGCACAGGCCUGUUGGCAGCAACAUUUUUUAGUAAUAGUCCGGAUACUCAAUCAACAGUGUCAUGA